AACCUCGCUACAAUCGUACAUAUGAUUCCUGGCGGCACAUCUUGUCAAGCACAUGUGACAAUGCAGCUUUGGCCAGCGGGGGCUUUAGCUUCUGCAGCAAGACUAAAGCGGGUGGCGUGCAUGUGACAGCAAACAAGUGCCUCGCGCUUCCUACCAAACAACUGGCUCAGCAGACAUCUUGUGUCAGCACUUUCAAAAAAGCCCGACAAACACCCUCGCUCGCAGCUGAACCAAUCCAAGGACCAUCAACAACGUGCAUCAUCCCUUGACCACUCUCUCGCACAAAGCACACAGCGCAGACCUCACGAGUCCACCGGCGCCGUCGCAGUCAUGCCUGAUACGACUUCUUACCAGAACAUCUUCAAGGAUAAGGAGUACUCCGACAUCAUGAUCAAGUUCUUGGGGCGUGAAAUUCCCUGCCACAAGGUUGUCAUCUGCACGCAAUCGGAGUACUUUAAGAAGCUAUGCGGAAAGGCGUCGUCCUUUGUCGAGAGCAAGCAGAAGCUCUACUUCGGAAGUUAUCUCUCCAACACCACACCCAAGGACAACAACUGGAAAUUUCAUGCUGAGGUCGUCAAAGCGGCCAACAAGUACCUGAUCCCCAAAGCAGCACAAACGGCCUCUGCCGCCCGCAUGAAGCUGCUCGAUGGAGAGGACGAUGCUCUGACCCAGAAGGCCGUCGAGUUGCAGAAGAAGCAUAUCAAGAAUCUGUUGAUCGAGCCACGAUUCGUCGCUAGCCUGACGACAGCGGAGGUUCGCGAACACUUUGACAGAUUUCGGAAGAUGUUUGGGGGCUCUCUCGAGAGUCGUGGACCAGUGUGCAAGAUCUGCGGGAGACUUUGUGAGGGCAACAAAUACGGAAACUAUGUUGUCUGUGACUGCACCGGCAAUAGGGUGCGUGUGUCCGAUGCGGACUACAUCGUCAUCUUUCCUACCAAGGAAUGAAGUCGUUGCGUGGACCUGGUAAGAGCACAACUGUUCGAGGCGAGGUCUCGCGAUUUCGAUAAGUGACAGUUGGCAGGGACUGGUUGGCUCAGCUGAGCAUUACGUCUACAGUUCUUGCUUCACGAGAAGACAAGCCGGAUGGGCGAAUCAUGAGUAUGGCCUCGAGCAACAGAUAUCCUC